AUGUUCACGAAAUCACCCAUAAAAGACAGUCUGAGUCAGCAGCUACAAGACAUGGCCACCCUCUACCAGAAGUCUUCCUUCAUCCUCCCUUUGCAAGAAACACCCCCACAGGGAUGUAAGAUGGUUCAACCCACUGGCAGCUGCAGUUCCUUACCAUCAGUACAGGGGGUGCUGCUAGCACACCUCACAAGAAUGUCCAAACAACUACAGAAGGUCACAGAUGUCAAGCCCACAGACACAGAAAAGCUGGUCCAACACUGCACCCUGCUGAUGAAGCUCAUGUGUUUCCUGGUGGAGAAGAGAGUGUGGAAACCACAAGAUGUGGUACAGUCUACUCUGUACCAGGACACAAAAGCUGCCCUGAAACAAGUGACCUCCCAACUGUCAGAGUUUCUGAAGAAGGAGGGGGAGGGGCCUCAGGCUGUGAUGGACAGUUUGUACCAGCUGUUUCUCUGGGAUACAACAAAGGAAUCUACAGAAGUUGUCCAUCUGCUCAGAGCUCUGUUGAGAGCUGUGGUACCCAGCCGGCUGAUAGAUCUACUGGUUGAUGUGGCGCUAGGCAAGAUCUCGAUUGUCAGAAGCAGUACGUCAUCAUCAGCUCGACCUUCGACCUCGACAGCUCUAGACGAGGAUUCUGACGACUUUGACGGGUUUGACAACUUCGACAGUUCCCAUGGAAACAGCAAAGGUCGUGCCAUGGGAAGCUUCGAGGACUUUGACGACUCGCCUCCAAGUCAGCAGGAGCCUCAGAUAAAUGGAGAUCGAGAGUCAACCUCAGGAACUACCAGCCUGUUAGACCCAGAGUCACUAACAGAAGCCCAUAGACUACGUGUGCAGGCUGUACAGGUGGUGUGUACCUGGUGUGUCUCAGCUCUGGGGAACUCUGGUGACUUGAACUUGGGAGGUUCCGCCGACCCUGACCUGGUCAAGGAUAAACUCAUCCAGGAGUUCUGCAGUGAGGACUUUGACAAGUUGAAAGCUGUUCAUCUUCAGAUGUUCUUACAAGUGUGUGAGACCCUGUGUGCUCCAGAAGUGCCCCUGUAUGAUGAAGAUGUGAAGAGACUGAUACAAACAAUAAGUAAGACAGUGUCCCACUACAGACAUGACCAAGCAGUCUGCUCUCGAGUUUUGCCUCUCCUAUUUUACGAGGUGUCCAAAGACGAUCCUGACGUCCCCCAGUUCAUCAAACCGUCCGACCCUGAACCCAACCCUCCGUGUUUUACCCACUACACCAUUCGGGCCACCAUGGACUAUCUCACCAGCUGUCACGCCAGCAGGCAGAAGUCAGCCAUCGUUCUACUGGCCAAGUCACAGCCUGACAGCUUACAGAAGAUACUGCUGGCUCUGUCCACAAGGAUGACAAAGACCCAGAGCAUCCAUGAGAAGAGGCGAGUGCUGGGGAUGUACCAACUCUUCACAGCUCUGCUGUUGUCAGACCUGGAGAACCUGGGCGGAGUCUGGGUCUUUAUCCUGAGGGACAUCAUCUAUACACUGGUGCACAGGAUUACAGAGGCAUGGAGGCUGGGAGGAAGUGGGAAGACAGAAGACGCUGUGGAGCUGUUCUCUCUGUCCUGUGACAUCCUGUCCUCUGUCUGCCAAGAGGCUCUACGAUGCUGCGCAGAGUCCAUCAUCCGGCAUCUGCCCGUGAUAGUUGGUGCCCUGGUGCCUUAUGUAGGGAGUCCGCUGGACAAGGGGAAACAGGCUGUCAGUCUCAUCAACUUUCUCAUCAUCGACAAGGAAGAGACUCUUCAAGAGGCCAUCUGCAUUCUGGACCCCCUGCCUGAGUGUCGAUCACUGAAGAGGGCGAGGGAGGUGCUACACCGGGCCAGGCUGCAAGGGGGCGUGGUGGGCCUUAAAGAGGAGAUCCAUCACUUCCUGCAAGCCGUCCAGCUGUCCCCAGGAGGCAGCAGUGUAGAGAGCCUGAGGAGUCUGCGAGCCAUGCUAACCCAGGAGAAAGUCCAGCUCACAGCCAUCACACGAGGCCAGCAGCGCGGCGAGACAGACAUCCUGAGCCAGCUGGUCUGCACACUCGUCAACUUCUGCCAGACCUCGUCUCAAGAUGUCUCAUCUUCAUCUCAAGAUGCCGCUCAGAGCGUCUUGCAGGUGGAGGUUGGCCUGUGUCUUGGUGAGAUCGGUCCAGCGGACCUGUCUGCCAUAGCUCUGAAGCAUGGAGCACAGAAGACGUCAGCUGACAAGGCUAUGCAGGUGUUCAGCCAUGACAGUUUGAUGCAGAGGAACUGCAUCAUCAUGCACCUGCUGGAUGAGUACCUAUUAGACCAGGAUGUUGACGUGGUAGCUGCAGCAGGACAGUGUCUGAAGCUCAUCCUGUCAACUGCUGCAGGUACAGAGUGGUACAAACAGUACAAGGAAGGACUGAAGGAGGAGGGGACACUUCUGUGUUACCUGCAGCCUUUUAAACUACAGAAGAGAAAGCUGCCCCUCCCACCAGUAAAGACCUGCACAGACACAGAGUUCACCCUGGCGUUUGGAAGCGCCUCCCUCUGGAUUCCCGAGCCUGGUUGCCAUGGCAACUGGAUCAGAGAGCUGGUGUGCAGUUUGAUUGACAGUGGAGCUGUUGGCGAUGAAGUCCUCCGUCUGCUGACACCUGUGUGCAAGGUGAAGGUGGACUUCUGUGAACAGCUGCUGCCCUUCCUGGUGCACAGCAUCCUUCUGGAGGGAAGGGACAGCACGAGACAGCUGCUGUCACUGCAGCUGUCAGCCUUCUUCUCCCGUCACUGUCAGACCGCUGAGACAGCCAGCCGCUCAGCCACACCCCUCCCCACUCAGGCUUCCCAGGUCCUUCCCACCAAACCGGCACUAGACCAGGCGUCGGUGAACACCAUGCUGCGCGUGGUGCAUUAUCUCAGGCAGCAGACCAGGCCUGCAAGGGACAGCCGUAAGGCCACGCCCUGGCACAACAACUUCUGGCUGGACCUGGACUAUCUGGAGGUGUCCAAGGCUGCCCAGACCUGCGGGGCCUACUUUACAUCACUUCUGUACAUGGAGAUAUACUGUGAACAGAGGAAGUAGGUAUCUUAGAUGAUAUUAAGUAUGACUUUGUCAGAGGCAGAAGAAGACGCCCAAGGCUCACAGCAGUCCCAGGGUUCACAGGACAGUCAGGGUAGUGCCCUGUCCAGCCUCAGUACCCUGUCUGACAACUCUACACUUACUCUGCAGGUAGCAGAAAGGGCCAUCCACACCCUUAAACAGUUGGAACAGUCCGAGAGUGCCACAUGGUCCUGGCAGCUGGAAGAGGCCAAAUUGUACUGGUGUAGGGGGGAGCAGGGUGCCGCCAUCCACAUCCUGAAGGCUCUGAUCAGGAGACUGGAGGUGGAACAGAUCUCUGAUGACUGCACAGCAACUGAGUUGUUCCCACAAGCCUUAGGGCUGAACGGCCACUGGCUGGCGGUCACACAGACAGAGAGUCCGUACAACAUCUGUGAGGACUAUCUGGCAAAGGCAGCAGACUUGAUGUCCAGGCAGGAACAGCAGACCCCGGCAGCACUAGAAGCCUACCUGGCCCUCGCCCGGUUCACUGACCAGCAGUACCAAGUCAUCGUCAACUACAUGAAGUCCAGCACUUACGAGGCCAAGAAGGAGAUGAUCGAAAGAAGCAAAGCAGAAGUGGAGAAACUCACACAGACAGGGCUGGUGGCAUCUGCAGCCAGAUAUUUCAAGAUCAUGAAGAGACACAUGGUGGAGGGCAGGGAUGAACUGGAGGGGUUAAAUGAGGACAGGGAUGCCUUCCUACACAAAGCCAUGGAAAAUUACAUCAGAUGUCUGAAGGCAGGAGAUGAGCAUGACUUGCGAGUCUUCAGGCUGUGCUCCCUGUGGUUCAGAAACUCUCACAACCCUGACAUCAACCAGCUCGCAAAGGAGUAUUUUCCUCAGGUUGAGUCGAGGAAGUUCCUACCCCUGAUCUACCAGUUGGCUGCUCGCAUGGGAACCAAGUCUCAGGUCUCACCGGAGUUCCAGAAUACACUGUUACAGUUGAUAGAGCGGGUUGCCACAGACCACCCUUACCACUCCCUGUACGUCGUCCUGGCACUGGCCAACGCUGACCUGGACGGGAAGUUCAUAGGUCAGGGGAGAAAGGUCACCAAGCUGUCCCGCAGUCAGCACAGCCAGAACUCAGAUGUGGAUGGAGAGGAGGCACGUACGUCUGUAGCUGUGCAGAUACUGGAGAAGGUGGGACUACAGAAGGGCAGACUGGUACAGGACAUGCAGGCUUUGUGUGAGGCCUACAUACAGCUCAGUAACCUGGACGGGAAGGCAUGGAGAACAGAGAACGAGAGGCUCAAGAGACCCAACAAGCUGACCAGUCGUGAGUCCAUGCUGAUGAAAGUGAAGAACCUGACAACAGUUGCAGUGCCAACCAUUGACAUGAAGGUGGACCCAACCUGUUGCUAUGAUGACAUUGUGUACAUCCGUGAGUUUGACCCCAGUGUGACCUUCCCUGGCGGCAUCAACCUUCCCAAGGUCAUCACGUGUCAGGGGUCGGACGGGGUCUGGAGGAAACAGCUGGUCAAGGGGCGAGAUGAUCUGCGCCAGGACGCGGUGAUGCAGCAGGUGUUUGGGCUGGUCGACUCCCUGCUGAAGAAAGAUGAGGAGAGCAGGAGGAGGAACCUCAGCAUCAGGACCUACAAGGUUAUCCCAAUGUCCAAGCAGAGUGGGCUGGUACAGUGGUGUGAGGGAACCAUGUCCAUAGGAGACUAUCUCAUCGGCAACACCAGGAAACCUGGGGCACACGUACGGUACUACCCCAGGGACUGGGACCCGGGGACCUGCAGGAAGAAAAUACAUGAGAAGGGCGGUUCGCGGCCAGAUGAGCGGUUACGUGCGUAUCGGGAGGUCUGCAGACAUUUCCACCCGGUGAUGCAGCACUUCUUCAUGGAGAAGUGGCCUGACUCCAUGGACUGGUUCGAGAGGAGGCUCAGCUACACAAGGAGUGUCGCUACUUCAUCCAUCGUUGGUUACGUGCUGGGCCUGGGAGACAGACACUGUCAGAACAUCCUCAUUGACACCAACACAGCUGAACUGGUCCACAUUGACUUAGGGAUUGCAUUUGAGCAGGGAAAGCUGCUGCCCACCCCUGAGACGGUUCCGUUCCGACUGACCAGGGACAUCGUACACGGCAUGGGGGUGACUGGGGUGGAGGGGGUCUUCAGGAGAUGUUGUGAGAAAACUAUGGACGUGAUGAGAAGUUCCCAUGAGGCUCUGUUGACCAUCGUGGAGGUCCUGCUGUACGACCCCCUCCAUGCCUGGACCCUGACGCCCAUGCAAGCCCUGAAGCUGCAGCAGGUAGAUGCUGACACCACCGGCGCCGCUGAGAUCUUUGAGAACGACUCGGGGCCGAGUAAUGGGAACAAAGACAUGAGCCAGAGGAACAAGGUGGCAGCACAGGUUUUGAUGAGACUAGAGGACAAACUGAAGGGUUUGGAGGAAGGGAUGGUCCUGAGUGUGAGCGGACAAGUCAACAUGCUGAUCCAAACAGCACGAGACCCCUCCAACCUCAGCAGACUGUACUCAGGCUGGCAGGCUUAUCUAUAAGAGCUAUCCCUAGGAUAUUGCCUGACCAAGCACAGUAGGGGCAUCCUCAGUACAUGUAGAUAGCUUUAAACAAUGCCUCCAGCUAGAUGUGAAGAGGUUAGAUGUGAUAUACAGGCCAUUCAGAGUAAUAUGACCUGCAGCUACUGACAUGCUGUGUGCCUGCAAAGUACACUGUACUUGGAGAAAGACAUGUCCUCUCACUCACUGUCACACGCAUUGACUAUCUGGUUUAUCGUCUGUUGUUCCCUGACUUCCGAGGGUUAGACAUGCUUGCACAGCAACACUGCAGCUUGAUGGCAGCCUGCCACUUGCCUCUUUCCUGUGGGUUGAUGUUAUGUAGGUUCAAGUGCAAUUCUAAAUAACAAUUCAGCAAAGUGAAGAAACAUUAAGCCGCAACUGCCAUCCUAGUUAGCAUAAAUCUUGAACCUUUCACAGUACUGGUGGUUUUAUUUUCUCCACCACAGAUAUGCAUCAAAUUCUGAAUGACUGUAUUGUAUUUACUAACUGUACUAAAGAAUUGUUUUAACUUUGAAUUUAAAAAGUAAUGAAAAUCAAAUCCUAAUGCGAAAUAGAACCACUGAAAAAUUAUUACUUUCUGCCCCACAACUUGGUGAGUUUUAGGAGCCUCUGAAGCUGUAACAAAAUCAUGGAGCUUCCAAAUUUUGGUAAGUUUAUCUUUACAGUACAUGUGGUGGAAUGGAAAUCUGAUAACGUACAUUGUGCAGAAGAGUACUAGAUUUUAUAAUUAAAAGUCCAAAAAUGUACACAUUUGAUAUUAACCAUUUGCAGUCAAAUCUGACUUUGUUGUCUGCAUAGAUAGGAUGUAUAAAAGCCAUACAUGUUAUAGAAUAAGUAGUGAAGAAUUCCUUCACUAAAGGAAUAUUAAAACUGCAAUAUUUCCUUACAGUUGUGGAUGUAAUACAGCUAGCCCAAUGUGAGAAAGGUAACAUUAUAGAAUAAAGCAAAUUACAAUUAUUAUUAUGUACAAUGUACUACAUUUCUUACAGCUUCAUUAUCAUUAGUAUACAAAUUUACAAAAAUAUUA